AUGCUUCUUGAAGGACCAAUCAGAAUUGCGCUCAAUAUGCUCAGACUGCUCACGAUAGGUGUGCUGGUGCUGGUCGCCGUGACGCAGCUAAUUGAAACAAUUGUGCAGUCGAAGCAUGUAGAUACCUGGGUGAGUGGGAUCGACGGUACGAACGGCUACUCGGACGGCACAGACAUACCCACCCACUUCAUGGGACCCGUCUGGAGUCUCCUCACCCACCUCUGCCUCUUCACCCAAUGCUGGAUUCUCGCAUUGAGUGAGGUGUACAACAGUGCCUUCUCCACGCAUAUUCCCCUCAUUGGGAGUGAGUAUGGUCUCCUUUUCGCCGCGUUGUGGGAGGUGAGUGUGGUGUUCACCGGCCUUUCACAAAGGCAGACGCGCAAGAGUGCGCUUGUUGGUCUCUAUGCACUCGCUAUAGUCGCCUGCAUCAACCUCCUCCUCGGGCUUUUCGGGACUAAGGUCAAGGAGGCGCGCAGCAUGUGCUCGAUUGACGCUUGGUGUAGCGUCCUCCCACCCCCUUUCAGCUGGAUUGCUCAACUUACAGCCAAAUGCAGCAAGUCACGCAAAGUCUCCCGCGAAAUGCGUGAUCAGACAAGCUGGUCUUUCGUCGGUCCACGCGGCGGCGAAGAUGGCACGAAUGCCAAGAGUAGCUCGAAUAGUACCCAGGGCGGUGGCACAUUCAGCAAAAGUAAAAUAUUCCUUAGCGGACUGGAAAAGAUCUACGAUCGCUAUAAGUCGCGCAAAGAGCCGCUCGGGUCGCGUUCAGAAACACCCCUGCCUCGCUACUCGGACGACAAACACUCGUUUAGUCCACCUAAGCGACAAGAAGGAGAUGAGAGCAUCGACAACGAGUCUUUUACCUCCAAACGCUCCGUCCGAAAGGCCAACGAGUGUGAUACCAUAGAGCGCAACUGA